AUGGCUGGUAUCGCUACUAGAUAUGUAACAGAAAACGAACUCAAUAACGAGGAUACGAUUUUAGUAAAGAGCAAGUAUGUUCCUCUUCAACCAGCUGGACGGAAAAAGGGAGGAGCCAUACCCAAUGCUCCUGAUGCACCCGAUAACCUCCAAGAAGUAGACCCAAAAGGGUCGGGUGUAGUAAAUGCAAGAUAUACCAUAUAUAAAAUAUCGCAAAAAAUGGUAACCGAUCAAAAUCAUUCAUCUGAUAUAUCCAGAGAGCAGGAAGUUAUCAGAUAUAUGAAGAUAUUAGCCCAGGCAUUUGGAUUAGACAAGCAAAAUGCAGAGGUGUAUAGUGCACUUUCCGAUAUGGAGACUGUGGUCGACUUAAUACAAGAAAUAGUUCCCUCGAUAAUUAAUAAAAAGUUGUCAAAAAACGCUGAACGCGGGAAUGUUUAUUUUAGUAAACAGGCUACUUUCGAUUUCUACGAGUCCAGUUCGUCUGAAGAAAAUGGAGAAUCUAAUGUUCAGGUAGAUGAAUGUUAUCAACCUAAAAAGAGGAAAGAAAAUUGUCAUGAUAUACAAGUGUUUCAUUUUGCCGAAGCACGGGAUGUCAAAGAUACUAGUAUGUUAAUACAGAGAUGUCUCAGCAUAGAGUAUCUUGACUUUGCUGGUGUCAUGGCUUUCCGUAAUGAUGCAUUAAUUGUGGCUAUCAUCAGAGCAUCUCCGAAUUUAAGACAUUUGGAGAUCAGUCAUAAUGAUAUUGAGAUCGGUCAUAAUGAUAUUGGUGAUGAGGUUACUGAAGCACUGGCUCAUACUUGUCAUAAAUUAGAAUAUCUCGAUCCGGAUUGCUGUGAUUUUGUUAGUGAACCAUCAAUUUGUAAUGUUAUACGUUCCUGCCCAAAGCUCCAACAUCUCAACCUUAGUUACUGCAAUAUUACAAGACCUACUGUAAAAGGUAGAUCUACAUGUGAAAAGCCAGAUAUAAAGCAUGUAGGAGUAUGUGGAAGUUCAGCCAACUUUCCGCAAAAUCCUUCCUGUAAAAAUAAUGCAAAAAUAGAUAGUAACAAUGAAUUUGUAGUUGGUACGUCUCAGAUUCUCAGUGUCGAUGGACUCAAAAACUACAUUGUAGGAGAAAUUGGUACUGCUCGAUUUGACCUCUAUAAAAAUAGCGUACAUCUAAAAAAUCUUAUGGAUACGAAGAAGGCAAUUCUUAAUUAUUUUAAUCCCGAAAAAGAUGAUAAAUCGAUAAGCAUCAAAAAACUUGUCAAUUCAUUCUGCCAAGUGAAUGUUGCAAGAAAUAAAACGAUCGUAGCAAAGAGAUCAGAGAUUACAUUAUGGUGUUUAUUCUCCAAAAAAUUCGAAGAUAAAGUUGUGGAGCUUAGAUCUGAAGAUAAGAAACUUGCGGAUAAGACUGCAAGAUCACAAAUUUACACUGAAAUGAAACCAUACCUUGCGGACGUUUCUGAUGGAUAUUUACGUGUAAUGACCUGUAAGGCAAGAAAAAUCAAUAAGUUAUUUGGCUAUGAAUAUGAUCCUGUAACUCUGAAAAAGAUUGAUGGUAUACCAGGGUAUAUGGUUAAUCAGGUCACCUAUAGCGCUGACAAAAUUUCAAAGCUCACUAAUCCUCAAAUCGAUUAUAUUAUAGAACAAGUCAAAUCGAAAACAAUCACUAGUCAUGUGAACAAAAUCUUUGAAACCGUGGCUACUACUUCAGCUCACAAUUCAGAUUAUAAUUUUAGUGACGCAUCAUUGGAUGUUACAGAUUAUUUUAAGUCAGACAAUGAAUUCGAGUUCGAUGCUAAUAAAUCUGAUUCCGAUGUAUAUUUCAAAUCUAAUAACUCUGACUCCGAUGAUGAUCACGAACUUCAUGAAAGGCUCACGUGUGAAGAAAUGGCAAGAAUAGCGAAGUUAGAGAAUAAAACACCAACUAAGCCUAAAGAGCCGUCACAAAGUGACCCCCAU